UCCAAGGUAGAGACCGAACUCACUAUCGGGUCUUCGGUUGGGGACUAGUGCACUUCCGGAUUAGUCCGCGCUACCCCAUCGGACUCAACGAAGAAUUCGGUUCUCGUGAAGCACAUGCAAGGCUUUUUUCGUCUUGUUCCCCGAACGGAGAAACAACGCAUCCCUCCCCAUCAUGGCUCCUACUCGAUCCGUCAAGAAGCCCGCAAGUGGGAAAGGCGUUCUUCCGUCGUCUAAGCCCAGCUUUCUCCACGAUGAAUUCCGCACCACGAAAAAGGACAAGCGCUUGAUCAAGCACAGCAGCUUUGUGUCUCGGAUAGAAAAGAACUCUCAGAAAUCUACGAAGCGCCGGCGUGCCUCCAAGAAACUUGCUGCUUUGGACUCGUUGGCCGAUGCGCUUCCGGACGCCGACGACGACGUGGCCGACCCUAGCAAACAGGUCAAUAUCAUCAAGCAGAAAACUCUGCAGCAUAGACCAGGUGCUAUGAAGCGUCGGGAGAAGCUGGAACGGCUGGAGCGCGAUCGGUUUGCGAAGAAUAUGGCGCAGAUGUCCAGCAUGCAAGCACCAGCGCCAACCACUACCGACUCCAACAGCAACACAGAUGAGGGCUCGGUCUCCAAUAGAUGGGCGGCCCUGCGGAACUUCAUAUCUCAAACCAUGGAGCAGCAGCCUGCCUUCAAAUCAAGCAGCUAGGUUAUCGAAAUAUUGGAAUAUGGAUUGUUUCGAGCGCAACUCGCUCAUCCUUCUUUCAAUCUGGGUGGCAGUUGACACAAGUUGCAGCCGGUUGCUGCAACAGACCGCUUUCCAGUACAAUCUGUGGCAGAGUCAAAAUGCCACUGGUUCCCCCUCAGUUGACGCUCCGUGCUACCACGUACGAGGCACCGGAGGAUUAUCGCUUUCCCGUGUUGACAGGGCGCCCCAGGCGAUUGAACCAGUCUAGACGCCUCAAUUGGAAGAAUGGCAGCCGUGACUACAAACUUCUAGUGUCAUGGAAAGUACGGAACCGUUCAGUUGGCCUAAGCUAAAUGUACGAUACGACCUUGACACAUUUGUCAAAUGGACGAAGCUUACAGGAAUAUAAGUAAGCAUAUUCAAGGCCAUUGGGUCAAGAGGAAGGUUCGGUACAAUUAGUAGCUCAAUGCCUCCUGGCAGACUUGCGUCUUUUCAAAUGAAACAAUGGAAUAUGGGGAA